AUGGUACCAGCAGCUUUACAGAAGAAAGAUUGGCAAGCAUGCUACCACCAGAUGAGGAUGACUACGAUGGAAAGAUUUAUUCCUAUAACACGUAGGUCAAUAAUUCGCCAUCUCAUGCAGAAGAAAGAUUUUCUCACACGAGAAGAGCUGAAAGUUUAUGAAGAUUUCGCACUUGCCUUAGAUACAGCAAUUGUCAAUAAAUACCAUGGUGUUCUUCAAGAGCUUAAGAAUCUUUUUGACCCUAUCAACCCAGACAAAGACACAAUAGAAACCCGAAAAUGGAACCCAAGGGAACGUCAGGACAAUGAAUUCUGGUUGCUACAGCGACUGGAAGAUAUUAUGGAGAAGGCCAAUUUUCAUGAACUUCCAGAGGAUGUAGUCAACAAAGCAUUAGAGGAACAUGAGGUUUCGGAUGGUGUCAGGGUAUCAGUUGACAAGAACAAGUACGAUAUAUUGAAAUUUUGGGCUUUAGGACGCGAGAAGAUUACAGUAAGCUUACCUUGGUAUAAAGCCUUGUUCACGAAGAAAGAAAACAUGCCAAAACCAAAGUUGUACUACAAACGUGUUGUGAUUGCAUUAAGAUUUAAACGAGACCAAAAACUCAUGCUUAAGUCUUUCAAGGAAAUUCCUGUGAAUGCUUUGGAAAUGAUGCUUCCAGAUGGGAAAAUCAAAAUCAGUAAAAUGGACAAAGGUAUAAUCGCAACUUCCGUUAGUAUUGCCGUGAUGGGCAUUGUAGCGAAGAUAGUAACACUCUUGGCAUCCAUGAAUGUUGAUUGGAUGCUUAUACUGAGUGGGGUGACUGGGUUAGCGGCUGUGCAGAGCUGGACAAUAUACAAAAACAAAAGGAAUAGAUAUCUGGCAGAUUUAUCAAGGCUUUUGUACUUCAAGAAUGUGGCCAAUAAUCGUGGUUUGUUGGCAUUGCUUGUAGACAGGGCAGAAGAUGAGUCCUUCAAGGAGGCUUUAUUGGUGUACACAUUUCUACUUGCUAACAGGCCGAGUACGAUGUAUGACAAGAGAAGUAUUGAAAUGUCACCUGCUGAGUUAGGUGGGCUUACUGCUGUUCAAUUGGAAGGAAGGAUAGAGAAGUGGGUUUAUCAAGUGACUGGCACAGAGGUGGAAGUAGAGUCACUGGAAGCUAUAAAUCUACUCAAGAAGUUCGGAAUUCUGUGUGAAAUUGACAAUAAGUUGCACGUGCUUCCACUGAUGGCAGCAUUGCACAAUCUUCCUCAGCAACCGCAGUCAGUGGUUGCUAGGACAACAGAAUCGGACAUAUUUGAGGGUUACGAUAGAGACGUUUUCAUGGAAACUGAAGAGCAGUAUCAGGAGGAAGAAAAGGUUCAAAAGAGAAUAGGAUGGUUUUGAAAGUUGUGAAAGAUAAUUAAUAGAAAAUAAAGAUAAAUUUUACACCAAAUCAGGUCUAACAGAAUAUGCAUCAUGUCAUUUGGUAUACAUGCUGCUGGCAAAAAAUAGUGUGAUAUAAAUGGACAGAAACAGGUGUGUAGAGGACAUGCCUGAAACUAGUUUGAAUGUAGGAGCAGCCAUUAUGCAGUGCACACUUUGAAAAUGUUUAUAAAUUACCUAUUCUACAGAAAAUGCUUCCAUUUCAACUAUAUAUUACAUCAUAAAAAAAAAUUGUUUUACAGAUAUAUUAAGUAGAUUUUAUUUGCAGAUGUAAAUGUUUGAACUUCCUGUGGAUAUAAGAUGUCCUCAGUUUUGUGUAAGUCUCAAAAUGCUAAAUUACUUUCCCAAGCAUUGCCCUGUCUUUAAGAUUUUUCUUGUGGUACAUAUUUUUUAAAAGUUUAUAUAACAUUUCAUUUUAGUUAUCUUUAAGUGUAUUUGCAGUAAAUUUGAUUAAUUGUGUUUAAUCUUUUAACUGUUAGAUUGAUGUCUUGCAAACUGAUAUUUAGGAGUUACUAACUACAGUUGAAUGUGCCCACACAGUUGAAACAGAUGUCUAAAAUGCUAAAAAUACAAGACUUCCAGUUCAGCUUCAACUCUUAGAAAGAGCUAUAAUAAUAAAAAAUAAAUGUGUCUGACAGCACAGUUACGAAAUUAGGACGACUGGCAUGUGGAUGAGAUAUAAUUGUUUGCAAUAUUUAUUCUCCAUUAAAGGCACAUGUCUCUAGAUUUAUGUCAUUAUUUUUGAAAUUUAAAUUGGUGAUUUCAAUAUUUAGUAAUUGUAAAUAAAGCAAAAUUAAAGUGGUUCUGUGUUAAUGGUUUGUUAUAUCAUACUUCUGAAAUAUUUGCUACUUAAAUUGUAUUGAUUUAUGAUAUUACAUAGAGGAUAUUACAUGAGUGUCUUUUCAUAUUGAACAUAUUAAACAAGUUGAAUAAAAUAAUAAAAUGUGAGGCUCUGAGGAGGCUCUGUCUAGCAUUUUAUCAAUUUUAAUCCAAUGUUGAAAGUCACAAAUGUAAUAUUAUUUUUAUCACAUGUUACCUUUUCCUGACGAAAAAAAACAAACUUUCUUUUUCUUUUAACCAUUAUAAACAAGUCAAUUUGACCAAUGUCUCCUACACUAUAAAUGACGUCAACAUCAAAGCUUUAUUACAUUAGUGUAUUAUCAAUUUUAUGUAAUGGGUUUAUUAUACUCCUGCAAAUGUCAAGCAUGUGAUAAAUAUAUUUAACAGACACUGUUGUUGAAUUUUUAGCCAUAUUCCUCCAGCUACCCAGAACAGUGUUCUAAGAAGUAAAGAGUAAUCUUGUAAUUGUUGUUAAAUGAAUAAAAAUAGUACACUGUUCUGCUCUGUUACACUGCACUAUUAUGGGGAUGAUGCAUAGUUGAUAGGAUCCAAGGUCAUUAAUAUUUACCUUGUGUCUUGUGUUUGCCACAGCUUUUAUUUGGAACAGUCGGCACAUAAUCUAAACAUGCUUGAACACUACCCUUUCAGAGUGUGUGCAGAGUGUCUUUAUUAUCAAAGGACAUUUUGUUCUUAAUAUUUAUGUUUUGAAAGACCUUGAACUGAGAACUAUGAGUAUGUAUGUGUCUUUAUUAUCAAAGGACAUUUUGUUCUUAAUAUUAAUGUUUUGAAAGACCUUGAACUGAGAACUAUGAGUAUGUAUGUGUCUUUAUUAUCAAAGGACAUUUUGUUCUUAAUAUGUAUGUAUGUUUCUUUAUUAUCAAAGGACAUUUUGUUCUUAAUAUGUAUGUAUGUUUCUUUAUUAUCAAAGGACAUUUUGUUCUUAAUAUGUAUGUUUUGAAAGACCUUGAACAGAGAACUAUGAGUAUGUAUGUGUCUUUAUUAUCAAAGGACAUUUUGUUCUUAAUAUGUAUGUUUUGAAAGACCUUGAACAGAGAACUAUGAGUAUGUAUGUGUCUUUAUUAUCAAAGGACAUUUUGUUCUUAAUAUUUAUGUUUUGAAAGUGCUAAAUUUGACUUGUAUUCUAAAUUGUUAUUUAUAUUAAUAAAAUACAUGAACUAUU